UAUAGAAAGAAGAAGAUAAUUCUCCUCAUAUGCUUCUGAUAAUGGUGGUUGAGUGAAGUGGGUCCGUUGAAAAUCAUGUUAACGACUCAACGUGCUUUUCAGCUUUUUUUUUUUUGAAAAAACACAAAACGUGCUUUUCAGCUUAUUUAAACACGACGCUAAUUAGCGAUGAUGAUUACUUCCAUCAUCUCCAUACUAUUCACUUCUCCAACAUGUCAAACGUCGUCGUUUUAUUUCUCUUCCUUAUCUCAAUCUUCCUCCAACCCUCUCACUCAGAAAUUCUUCUCCCGAGUCAACUCAACCGUGACUCGCUCAUCUCAUCACCGACGAGUUGUCCUGCGCCGGAUCCUACCCUCUACUACCAACCGGUUAUCGGAAUUCUCAGUCACCCCGGCGACGGUGCUUCCGGUCGUCUCAGUAAUGCUACCGGUGCUAACUACAUCGCUGCUUCAUAUGUUAAAUUUGUUGAAGCUGCUGGUGCUAGAGUUGUUCCACUCCUCUUUACUGAGUCAACAGAGAUUCUUCUCAAGAAACUCGAAUUGGUAAAUGGGGUUCUCUUCACUGGUGGAUGGGCUAAAGAUGGUUUAUAUUUUGAAACUGUUAAAACAAUAUUUAAGAAAGCUUUAGAGAAGAAUGACGCUGGAAACUAUUUCCCAUUAUAUGGCGUCUGCUUAGGCUUCGAACUCAUAACAAUGAUCGUUAGUGAGGACAAUAAUAUUCUUGAAGAAUUUGGAGCAAGAAAUCAGGCAAGUAGCCUUCAAUUUGUGGAGAAUGCAUAUAUAGAAGGAUCUGUAUUUCAAAGAUUUCCUCCAGACUUGUUACAGAAGUUGAGUACAGAAUGUCUUGUCAUGCAAAAUCACUAUUAUGGCAUAUCCCCAGGAACGCUCCUGAGCAAUGAAAAGUUAUCUAGUUUUUUCGAGAUCUUGACAGUUAGCACCGAUGAAAAUGAUAAGGUUUAUGUUUCCACAGUACGUUCUCGUAAUUAUCCGGUGACUGGCUUCCAAUGGCAUCCAGAGAAAAAUGCCUUUGAAUGGGGCUCAGCAAAAAUUCCACACACGGAAGAUGCCAUUCGAACGACUCAGUAUGUUGCGAACUUUUUGAUCAGUGAAGCAAGGAAAUCCUUAAACAGACCAGAUGCUCAAGAAUUGCGAGACAAUCUCAUUUACAAUUACAGACCCACUUAUGGUGGGAAGGCAGGGAAAGGAUAUGAUGAAGUUUAUAUAUUUGAAUAAGUCUAAUGCUGGAGAUAUCAUUGUGCAUGAUAAUUUGGUGUAUAUAUGUUUGUAUAAUUGUACUGGUGUUGUGUGAGUUUGGGUGCACGUAAAUUUGUAGCUUUCCGGUUGAGCAUGCAUCUGAACACUUGAAAACUGGUAAAUAAUAACAGUGUUGUGUAGUGUCAUAUACACGACACCAGUAUGUAUUCAUUAUUAUGCACAAUAUUUGUUGUAUGAUAGCAUUCAGCAUUGUACCAAAUGAUAUGCUUAUUAUUAGCCCUUUGUAUUGUAUCCUGUUACUGUCUAGUAUUUGGCCUAUGCUUUUGUAGGGAAAUAAGUAACUUUUUAAUGGCAUGCUGUAUUGUUUUA